UUCGCUUUCAAACCCCGGCCGCUGCGGGUCACGGUCACCCUGCCCGUCCUGUGACAGAUUUUGUCCAUAGGAGUAGUGCAGGAAAAACCGAAGAAGUGAUCCAUAAACGGAGACCUAAAGCUUGAUAAGAGACGCUAGGGCUAUGGGACUUGCUAUGAUGGAAGUCAAAGAGAAGAAAAAAUUCACGGGACAGAGGCCAAAGACAGCACAAGGAAAGAAUAGAUUUCAUAAAAACAGUGAUUCCAGUUCUUCAAAGACUGUCCCGAGGAAAGCUGGUAAGGAAGGCGGGCCUAAAGUCACAUCUAAGAACUUUGAGAAAGGUGCCACCAAACCUGGCAAAAAGGGUGUGAAGCAGUUCAAGAACAAGCCACAGGGGGGCAAAGGACCUAAGGACAAAUUCCAGAAGCCAAAUAAAUUCAACAAGAAGAGGAAAUUCCAGCCAGAUGGUAAAAGUGAUGAAUCAGCAGCCAAGAAACCCAAAUGGGAUGACUUCAAAAAGAAGAAGAAGGAGCUGAAGCAGAGCAGGCAGCUCAGUGAUAAGACCAACUAUGACAUCGUGGUUCGAGCAAAACACAUUUGGGAGAGCUUGAGAAGGAAGGACUGUGACAAGGGAAAGAGAGAGAAGCUGAUGAGUGACUUGCAGAAGCUGAUCCAAGGGAAAAUCAAAACUAUUGCCUUUGCACACGACUCAACACGCGUGAUCCAGUGCUUCAUCCAGUAUGGGAAUGAAGAGCAGAGGAAGCAGGCUUUUGAAGAAUUGCAAGGUGACUUGGUUGAACUAAGUAAAGCCAAAUAUUCCAGGAAUAUCGUCAAGAAGUUUCUCAUGUAUGGGAGUAAACCUCAGAUAGCAGAGAUAAUCAGAAGCUUUAAAGGUCAUGUGAGGAAGAUGCUGCGGCACUCAGAGGCAUCGGCCAUCGUGGAGUAUGCGUACAAUGACAAGGCCAUUUUGGAACAGAGGAACAUGCUGACAGAAGAGCUCUAUGGGAACACGUUUCAGCUUUACAAGUCGGCCAGUCACCCAACUCUGGACAAGGUGCUGGAGGUGCAGCCGGGAAAGCUGGAGCUCAUCAUGGAAGAGAUGAAGCAGAUUCUGACUCCCAUGGCCCAAAAGGAAGCUGUGAUUAAGCACUCACUGGUUCAUAAAGUAUUCUUGGACUUUUUUACCUAUGCACCCCCAAAACUUCGAUCAGAAUUAAUUGAAGCUAUCCGGGAAGCAGUGGUAUACCUGGCCCACACACACGAUGGCGCCAGAGUGGCCAUGCACUGCUUGUGGCAUGGUACACCCAAGGACAGAAAAGUGAUUGUGAAAACGAUGAAGACCUACGUGGAAAAAGUGGCCAACGGCCAGUACUCGCAUUUGGUUUUACUGGCAGCAUUUGAUUGUAUUGAUGAUACUAAGCUUGUGAAGCAGAUAAUCAUAUCAGAAAUCAUCAGUUCCCUGCCCAGCAUAGUAAAUGACAAAUACGGGAGGAAAGUCCUGUUGUACUUGCUGAGUCCCAGAGAUCCCGCCCACACGGUUCCAGAAAUCAUUGAGCUUCUGCAGAAGGGUGAUGGCAAUGCACACAGUAAGAAAGACGCCGCCAUCCGCCGGCGUGAGCUCUUGGAAUCCAUCUCCCCAGCAUUGCUAAACCACCUGCAAGGACAUGCACAAGAGGUGGUGCUGGACAGGUCUGCGUGUGUGUUGGUGUCUGACAUCCUGGGAUCUGCUACUGGAGAUGUUCAGCCUGCCAUGGAUGCCAUUGCCAGUUUGGCAGCUGCGGAACUGCAUCCUGGUGGCAAGGACGGAGAGCUGCAUGUUGCUGAGCAUCCUGCAGGACAUCUCGUUCUCAAAUGGUUAAUAGAGCAAGAUAAAAAGAGGAAAGAAAAUGGAAGAGAAGGCUGUUUCGCAAAGACCCUUGUAGAGUGCGUUGGCAUGAAGAACCUCAAGUCCUGGGCCAGCAUCAACCGAGGCGCCAUUAUUCUUUCCAGCCUUCUUCAGAGCUGUGACCAGGAAGUUGUAAACAAAGUCAAAGCUGGACUCAAAAGCCUGAUUCCAACGUUGGAAAAAAACAAGAGCACCAGCAGAGGAGUGGAAACUCUGCUGGAGAAGCUGACCGCAUAGGCGAGCAAGCUGGGACCCGCUUCCAUGGAGAAGGGCGGAUCCCCAUACUCAUACAUGAACACUCUGUACAUGCAUUCUUUGUUAAAGGACCUAUUUAUAUAAAAUUGUUUCUGAAAGAGA